CACAAACAUACUAACCAAUUCAUAAAGCUAAAACAUGAGAUUCAACAGAACCCUCUUUUGGCUUUCUGGCUUUGUCAUUUUUUUCUUUUCUAUCAUAAUUGUUCAUUACACCACGCCACCUUCCUUCACCGCUACCACUGCCAUUAGUCCUCAACGUAGUUUCAGUUUCCACCUUGGUAUAUUCUCUAAGAUCAUUAAGCUUAGUGGCGCUCAAGACUUUGUCUCUCUGCUAACAAGUAUAGCCUGGAGACAUCAUCAUCGAAGGAGGCAUAAGGGAAAAUGUGACAAGGCCAAAUGGGCUUCCAAGCUUAUUCAAGACUAUAAUGUGACUCUUGUUUUCACCGUUGACUUAAAGGGUUGUGGCAACUUCAGUAGUGUGCAGAAAGCAGUUGAUGCUGUUCCUGAAUCUAGCUGUGAUACCACCCUUAUCAUUGUCGAUUCUGGAACAUACAGGGAGAAGGUCGUGGUGCAGGCCAACAAAACAAACUUGAUACUUCAAGGUCAAGGGUAUCUUAAUACAAUCAUUGAAUGGAAUGACACAGCAAAUUCCACCGGAGGGACUUCCUAUAGCUACUCGUUUGCCGUCUUUGCUUCUAAGUUCACUGCUUACAGCAUCAGCUUUAAGAACACGGCUCCUCCACCGUCACAAGGAGUGGUUGGGGCACAGGCAGUGGCAAUGAGAGUUACAGGUGAUCAAGCCGCAUUCCAUGGGUGUGGGUUUUAUGGUGCACAGGACACACUCAAUGAUGACAAUGGGAGACAUUAUUUUAAAGAAUGUUUCAUACAAGGAUCCAUUGAUUUCAUAUUUGGAAAUGGUAGAUCACUUUAUGAGGAUUGUACCAUAAACUCUAUAGCAAAAGAAGAGUUGGUAGGGGUUAGCGGGUCAAUCACAGCUCAAGGGCGACAAUCCAUGAGCGAGCAAACAGGAUUUUCCUUUGUGAAUUGUAACAUCAUUGGGAGUGGGAAAGUGUGGCUUGGAAGAGCUUGGGGAGUGUGUGCCACUGUCGUCUUCUCAAAAACAUUUAUGUCUGAUGUCGUAGCUCCUGAUGGAUGGAACGAUUGGAGUGUUCCCUCUAGAGAUCAGAGUGUCUUCUUUGGGGAGUACCAUUGUGUGGGAGUGGGAGCAAAUUAUACGUCUAGAGUCUCUUAUGCGAAGCAACUCAGGGAUUACGAAGCAAUCUCCUACAUGAAUAUUUCUUACAUUGAUGGAAAUGAUUGGCUUCUUAAUGAUUUUCAGGACUACCAUUCAUACAUAUAG